AUGCAUACUGAGAAUGAUGCAGUGAGGGCAGCAGCAGAAGAAAGGCUUGAAGAUAUGGACUAUUUACUAUCUGAUAUUCUCAAACACGAUGGUGUGGAUCCAGAAAACGAAGGUGCGGAUCCGGAAAACGCUGAUGUGGACCCAGAAAACGAUGGUGUGGACACACAAAAGGCUGAUGUGGAUCCCGAAAACGAUAGUGUAGACCCAGAACACGAUUUUAUGCACCUUAAAAACUGA